AUGGAGGGCGGAAUUCAUCGCUUCCGAGUCCAUCGAAAUACCUCCAAACGGGAGACAGCACAGGCACGGCAACAUAGACCCGCAAAUAAUGGUCACCGAUCCACCCUCCCCGCGUGUCGUCGCUGUCGCCAACAGAAGAAGCGGUGCACCCGCACAGCUGACGGUUCAUGCGAACAAUGUCUAACUGGGUGGCUCCCUUGUUCUCUUAAAGAACGAUCUGCGAGUCCACGCACGCGGGAGCGAGAAUUGCGAUCGCGCAUUGAUUGGUUGAGCCAGCUUGUUAACGACACACUCCCUGACGGUACAUCAAUUGAAGCUGUCGAGACUGGGCGAAACAUGCCCCUGAGUGACUCAUUAAGAUGUCUGUCGCCCAAUGAGCUGGACGAAAUCAAUCGCAGUGAAAGUGCCGACGAAGAAAUGCAUAUUGUUAAGCCUAAUGAUGAUACUCAUAUUUCUGUUACGGCCAGUCGCAAGUGCUUGAAGGCCUAUUUUCGACACGUCCACCGAACAUAUCCAUUUUUGGAUAGCGAGUUAGUGCUUCAAGAUUUCGAGUCCUUCUGCAAAACAGAGGCUGAGGAUGACCUUCUCCCCCCAGCAUCUCUCCCAAACCGCUUGUACAUGAUGAUGGCCAUCGGCUUCACCAGUCUGCAGCGGGCUGGGGAAGCGCAGAACAUCCAAGAGCGGGACUUCCAGCCAUGUCUCAAAUCAGUGCUUUGCGAGUGUGUCUGCCAAGUAAAUGAGGAUUCGACCGGCACCUUGCUCUUGCUUGGCUUAUAUCUUUUGUUCAAGCCUAGCGACCAGGAUCCCCGAGCCAUUACUGGUGUUCUCACCAACCAUGCUCUAGCAGUCGGGUUGAUGAACGAGACAUCCAGCAAGCAGACACUAUCCCCUCGGGUGCUUGAGCUGCGUCGACGGUUAGGAUGGUCGGUCUAUGUCUUUACACGCAUGAUCAGCGUAUCUUACGGCCUGCCGUUUGCCUUUCCCGACACUGUGAUGAAAAUACCGCUGCCAAGCAUCAUGAUACACGAAUAUGGAUCUGAGGAGGGCAAUCAAUAUGCAAUAGCCUUACAAGUCAGCCGCCAUGUCAUUGCCCUGCGCCAACUGGAAACACGCAUUGUCAACGCCAUUUAUGACCCCAAUAUCUCCAUACGCCCUCAAGACCUGCGACUUCAAAUCGAAGACUGGUAUACGCAAGGAUGUCUGCUGUCUAGUUCAACGCUCUGGGAACAGGACCAGCUCCCAUUCCAUACUACCAUAACAUGGUUGAACGUACGUUACCAGAACCUGCUACUAUUAUUAUACACUCCUGCUCAGGGAGAUUCCGCGAGCGAAGAAAAUCUCCCAAACUUGCAGGCUGCUGCACAGCAGUACAUCCAGCUUAGCUUGAUCCUGCAUGAACGCCGACAUCUGCCCAUGAACUGGAUCACACUCUGCCGACUCCUGUCCUUGGCCGCGAUUUUUGUCUACUGUACCAUUCACUGGGCACCGGGCUUUGAUGAAAUUCCGGAAAUCUCUUUACUCACCACUCUCCUCGAGUACUUUCCGUCCACUUGGGAUGCUGCGCACGAAGCCGCUCGAAUUCUGCACCAUCUUGUAGGUCUUACGACAAAAGCGAGGAGUCCCUUAAUCCCACGCAGUCAAUUAUCAGGGUCCUCCAUCUUGCCUGCUUCGGCUCUAGAUACCGGAUCAGGAUUGCAAUCCUUACAAAAUAAGUUGGCUUCAUUGCUAAGUCGGACAAUGGGCGAAGCAAGCUUUCACGCUCGACCCUUGAGGUCAAAGGUUUCUGACAGGCGGGUUUCAAAUCAGCCGUUUGCUCUGCACCGCUUGCAUGUCGUGCCGGGGGGAGAGUUUGUUACUCGACUUGCAAACGCGCAGAAUGAAACCCUGAGCCCAGGAGACAACAGUAUGGGCGAAAGUCCACUGGAAACGCAGUGGAUGAAUCUCUGGGGUGGCGUUGGAUCCGAUAUGCUUUGA